AUGGGUAAAUUGACCAGUACCAUCGGCAUUCCUAUCAAACUUCUUAAUGAGGCACAGGGCCACGUCGUUACUCUCGAGAUCACAUCCGGACAUGUCUACAGAGGGAAACUCCUUGAAGCUGAGGAUAACAUGAACGUACAACUCAAGGAUAUCACUGUUACAGCACGAGACGGCCGUGUAUCGCAUCUAGACCAAGUGUAUAUCCGCGGAAGUCAUGUCAAAUUCUUUAUUGUUCCCGAUAUGUUAAGAAAUGCUCCAAUGUUCCGAUCCAGAGGCCAGCGAGGACGAGGUGUUGGUUUGGCGAGAGGCAGAGCAACUGUUAACAGGGCAAGAGGCCAGCGAAGAGGCUAA